AUGCCCAGCGCGCCCGGCGAGGAUGCAGGGUUGGGCACAGGCUCAACGUCUCCAGGAAGGCUCCGUGGCUCCUUCCCGGGGUGUGACAAAGCCCCGGCUGGCUCUGCUCCGGUACUUUCGCUGUGGAUCCAACCAGCUUUGUUUUCACGCUGCAUUCAGGACAAAAACGAGGACCCGUGGCGGGCGGCGAAGAUGAUCAAGGGGUACAUGCAGCAGCACAACAUCCCACAGAGGGAGGUGGUGGAUGUCACCGGCCUCAACCAGUCACACCUCUCCCAGCACCUCAACAAGGGCACCCCCAUGAAGACUCAGAAAAGAGCUGCCCUGUACACGUGGUACGUCCGCAAGCAGCGGGAGAUCCUCCGGCAGUUCAACCAGGCAGUCCAGGGUUGUGGAAAUAUGACAGACAAAGGCAGUCAGGAUCAGCUGCUGUUUCUCUUUCCAGAGUUCAAUCAGCAGAACCAGGGGGCUGCCCAGCUCGACGAUGCCUGCUCCGAAACCCCCAGCAAGAAGAUGCGCCGCAAUCGCUUCAAGUGGGGGCCAGCCUCCCAGCAAAUCUUGUACCAAGCCUACGAGCGCCAGAAGAACCCCAGCAAGGAGGAGCGGGAGACUCUGGUGGAGGAGUGCAACAGGGCCGAGUGUCUGCAGCGAGGAGUGUCCCCCUCCAAGGCUCACGGGCUCGGCUCCAACCUGGUGACGGAGGUCCGUGUCUACAAUUGGUUUGCCAACCGGCGGAAGGAGGAGGCUUUCCGCCAGAAGCUGGCCAUGGACGCCUACAGCUCGGGCCAGCCCCCACACAGCAUGAACCUGCUGCUGUCCCACGGCUCCCCCCACCACAACCAGCCCAGCGCUUCCCCUCCCAGCAAAAUGCCAGCUCGUUACAAAGGCAAGUCAAAAGGAACCCGUGUGGCGGAGAGUCCCCGCGGGAAGGGCAAGGUGCCUGCGGAGAGGAGGAGCGGGGCUGGGGACGCUGCCAACGCGCACCUGGACAUCGGUCCUCGGGCGCUGCCGGCGAGGGCAGCCCCCCGAGCGGUGCGCGGGGAUGUGGCAGCCCCGGGGCCGGCCAGCGGUGACCAAAAUGUGACCCUGCCCCAGGAAUGCCCCGCACAAUGGCGGGGACAGGGAGGACGUUUGCCCUCCUGUCAGCGGCUGAUUGCUUACAAGGUGCCCUACAAGCACAUUAUCUCCGUUUCGGGGGGUGGGCUGCCCCCGGUGAGCACCCUGACCAACAUCCACAGCCUGUCCCACCACAACCCGCAGCAGUCCCAGAACCUCAUCAUGACGCCGCUCUCGGGAGUCAUGGCCAUCGCACAGAGCCUGAACACCUCGCAGGGGCAGAGCGUGCCCGUGAUCAACAGCGUUGCUGGCAGCCUGGCAGCCCUGCAGCCCGUGCAGUUCUCCCAGCAGCUCCACAGCCCCCACCAGCAGCCGCUGAUGCAGCAGUCCCCCGGCCACAUGACACAGCAGCCGUUCAUGGCCACCGUGACCCAGCUGCAGAACUCUCACAUGUAUGCACACAAACAGGAGCCUCCCCAGUAUUCCCACACCUCCCGCUUCCCCUCGGCGAUGGUGGUGACGGAUACCAGCAGCAUCAGCACACUCACCAAUAUGUCUUCCAGUAAGCAGUGUCCCCUGCAAGCCUGGUGAUGCUCCACACCUCGCUGCUUUUGCACAUAGCAACGGGAUCUUAUUUUCCACAACAUCCCGGAGGCGAGCCGCGCUCCGAGCCCGGGGAGCCGCCCGCCAGAGCACAGCCCAGCGCCGCAGCGAGGAGCCCGGCAGCCCGACCCGGAGCCAGCCCGGACCCAGCCUCUCCUUCCCUCCACACAGUAUUUCCAAGACGUGUCUUGGGGAUUUUUUUAUUCUUAAGUAUUCGCCUUCCAAGAGGCCGCUGGCUUUCCCGAGGGACCAGGCACGAGCUGUGCUGGGAACAGGCAGAAGGGGAAGAUGGAUCAUAUUGAAGUUGUUUGUACUCCUCCACCCGACGGACUGAGGGGGACUGGGGUCUGUUACUUGGCGUUUGGAGGGAGGAAUUGCAUGUGCUGUUGAACUGAGCCAAUUGAACUGUAAAUAGAGGUACAGUCUGCUCCAUCCUCCCCCCUCCCCACUCCUAUACACAGAGAUUUAUAUAAAAAAGAAGUAAAUUUUGUCCAAUGGAUGUAAACUACUGUAAUUAAGUGCAAUUCCCCAUCUGUAUAUAUUGGUCCAGAAUCUCUUCUCUUUCUCCCAUUUGUUUUUUGCCUUUUUUUUUUUUUGGUAAAGGUCAGAGCUGAGGAUGGGUUUGGUUUUGUAUUUCUGUUUUCCCUUUAAAUGAGUGAAUUCAAAUGCUGGGCCUAGGCAAGGGCACCGCUCAGGCAGCACUGGGCUCUGCUCUGCAGGAGGACAGGCAGACACGUGUCCCCUGCACGGUGACAUCCCAUGAGAAGGAAGGGCACAGGACAAGCUGAGCAGAGCUCUGGCAGGACCUGGAUGAUCCAUGUGGGGAAAACUGCCACUACGACUUUCCUGCUUUUGAGGACUCUCAGACGGACUCUGGUGGGGUGGGGGAGGACUCAGCAGCCUGGUGAGCACAUCCAGCCUGUGGGGAAGUGUUCAGCGUUGGCAGUUUCCAGGUGAGCCUGUAGCAUUUGGUGCUACAGAGGUGAAUGAGGCUGCAAGAAAUUCUGGUGGAAUCUUCCUCAGGUGGGGUUCAGAGACUGUCUCCCUUUAGUCCUCCCUCGGGGUGCAGAAGGGUUUGGGUGCCCAGCUCCUGCCCCAGUAAAUGGCCAGUACAGGUGGCUUCUUUCCACCUUUAGCAGUUGGUGAUGAGCCUUGUUGUCUCCACCCUCAUCAAUACACACGGUGCUCUCGUCCUGGAGCAGUCCCCACCGAGGUGCUGGAUGGAUGGGAUUUGGGCUGUGGUGUGAACACUCCAGCUGCCUGCCCUGUCUCACCCUGCAGCAGCUCCUGGAUGAAAAGCUCCACAGCAAGAUCUCCAGCUUGUGAAUGAUCCCACAUCCCAGCCCCUCAGGCACCUGCUGAGCACAGACACCAGAGCCCUGAAGGAUUCUGGGGGCCCGAGUCCUACCUCCCAAAGCCACGGAAGCUGUAAAAGGCAUCAUCUCCCCACCGUGGAAUGAGCUCCUCUGUACCUGCUCCCCUCUGGGAACGGAUCUAAUGCUUCCCAGUUGUGCUGAAUCUUCAUGAACUUCACAGCGUGUGCCAACUGCUGAGAGGGAUUUAGAGAGAUGGAGAGCAGCAGAAGUGCCCGUGGACUGAUGACCACUGCCAAAAAGAAAAACACCGGAUGAUUUCUUUGGGCUGAGAAAGUCUCUUUGGCUCUGUUUGUCCAAUGUCUAGUGCAGUGGGACCCUCACCCACACUGGGACUGAGAGGAGUUGUCCUAUGGUGAAUAAGAAGUCAUCAGGAAUUGGAGACCAAUAUUCAGAAUGACAUUUAAUUUAAUGUAUACCAUAAUUAAACACCAUUUCUUCCGA